AUGAUGACUGAUAUGAUAGUGCUGUGUGCCACUCUGGCAUUGUCCCUCUUCUUCUGGGUCCUGUCCCUCACCAUCAGCUCGUAUUAUGGAACACUGCAGCCUGUGUCUCCAUGGAGGUGGUUGUUCUCCAUUUUGGUUCCACUUGUAUUGACCGUCAGAGCUGUGAAGAGGCGUAGCCUUGAUGGGUCUGGAGCGCUGGGAGCUUUCUUUGUUGGCUUCGUUCUGACCAUGGCCAACUACAGCUUUUUUUCCUCUCUGUUGGCUUUCUUUAUCACUUCAUCUAAACUGACCCGCUGGGGAGGAGCAGAGAAGAAGAAAAUUGAUGCGGACUACAAAGAAGGUGGUCAGAGAAACUGGAUUCAGGUUUUCUGUAAUGGAGGAGUGCCCACAGAGCUUGCACUUCUUUAUAUGAUUGAGGUGGGUCCAAAUGAAAUCCCGAUAGACUUUGGAAAGCAGUACUCAGCCUCCUGGAUGUGCCUGUCAUUGCUAGGGGCUUUAGCUUGUAGCACAGGAGACACGUGGGCGUCUGAAGUCGGCCCAAUCCUUAGCAAAGCCAAGCCACGACUCAUAACCACCUGGGAGGAAGUCCCAACAGGUACCAAUGGAGGAGUCACCCCGGUUGGACUGAUAGCCAGUUUUUGUGGUGGCCUGGCAGUAGGUGCAGCGUACUUCCUCACACAGCUGCUGUUUGUGGAGGACCUGCACCUGGCCGACCCACAGUGGCCCAUCGUUGUGUAUGGAGGUGUUGCUGGAUUGCUGGGCUCUCUGCUCGACUCUUUUCUUGGAGCUAACAUGCAGUACUCUGGUUUUGAUGCAAGCAUUGGAAAAGUUGUUAGUUAUGAGUCCUCCACAACACAUCGCAUAUGUGGGAAACCAAUCCUAGACAACAACGCAGUGAAUUUGUUUUCGUCAGUUCUUAUCGCACUCAUCUUGCCUGGAUUGGCCUGGGGAGCAUGGCCACGAUAG